AUGAACGUAAGGGGCCCUUAUGUUCAUAUAUAUAUGUUCAUAUAGUUUCCUCCCGUUACCUCUCCACGUGGGUUUGUUUACAUCAUCUUCUGAAGAAGAAGAGGAAGACCCAUCACUGCCAUCAGCUGGUCCGCCCCUAAGCAGGCUAUAUAUUCACCGGAUCAUAGGUACGGGAGAACGCCUUCAACCGUGUCCACCGGGUGACCUCCAGGUCAAGUUUAAGAUCCACUUCACUCCACUGACCACCUCAGUCACAAAAUGGUGCAGACUGUCGAGGUUCAGGGCUUUGAUGCCUUCGUGGAGCAGCUGGAGGCAUUCAAGUCCUCAGGAAAAACCAUCUUUGCCUUGUUCAGCGGCUCCAAGGACACCAACGGCAAGAGCUGGUGCCCUGACUGUGUGGUGGCCGAGCCUGUGGUGAAGGGUGCCCUGGACAAGGCCCCCGAGGACUCCGUGUUCCUGUACGUGGGCGUGGGGGGACGGGACUUCUGGAAGGACCCGCAGUGUGUCUUCAGGACGGACUCGCGGACUCGCUUGAGGAGCGUGCCGACCCUCAUGAAGAUUGGCGGACCUCAACGCUUGGAGGAGGACCAGUGUGCCAAGAAGGAUGUGGUGGAGAUGCUGUUUGAAGAUGCUUAAUGCUGGAAGGAGCCAUAGAGAGUGUUGUCAGUACAGUUCACAGGUGUUAUAAACCAAGCAACAGCCUUAACUUGUAAUAUUUAAACUCAUUCCAUAUCAUCUUAUUGGAAAGCCAUUGUGGAAAUGCUCUUUGAUAAUGAUUAAUGCUGGAGGGAUCCAUAGAGCUAGUGUUGUCAGUACAGUUCACAGGUUUUCUAGACCAAGCAUCUCCCUAAACUUGUAAUACUUUAAACUCAUUCCAUCUCAACUUAUUACAGAGCCAUGGCAAUGCUCUUUGAAGAUGCUUAAAGCUGAAAGUUCCUAGUCAGUGUUAUAAUUUCAAGUCACAUGCAUUAAAAACAAACAGUAGGUCACAGGGUAUGCAGUUAGUGUUGUCAUCUGGUUUGAUUAACAUUUAUAACAUUUCUUCAUUUGUGGUACAGGUUUCAGUGGGGUUACUAAAGACUGUCAUUGCCAUAGACCAUUAUUGUAAUCUGUAUUAUGGGGCCAGUGUACUUCCCAUCUCAGAUCUGAGGCAUUCUUUCCACUUUGUCAGUAAGCAUUUGAGUAUUAAUAA